AUGUCUAACUUGGGAGCGGCACAUGCGAACAACGAAGCAAUCCUUUACUGCUUUCCAAACAAUAAUUUGUCAUGUACCAAAAAUUUUAAACCUGACGCCGAGUACAUUUUUGUGUACAUUUUCAUUUCGGUGACAACUGUGUUCACCGUGUUUCUGAACCUGCUGGUGAUCAUCUCCAUCUCUCACUUCAAGCAACUUCACACUCCGACCAACCUGAUCAUUCUCUCUCUGGCUAUUGCUGAUCUGAUUGUGGGACUGAUUCUCAUGCCCGUACAGGGCAUCAAACUGAUUGAGCCGUGCUGGUACUUUGGAGAAGUAUUUUGCGCAAUAUUUCCUCUUAUUUUCUAUGUGGUUAUAACAGCAUCUCUUGGCAAUUUGAUUUUUAUAUCCGUGGAUCGUUACAUUGCUGUGAAUGACCCUUUGCGAUACCCAAUGAGGGUCACUACCAACAGAGCUGUUCUUUCUAUUAUUGUGAACUGGUUAUUUUCCUCUGUAUAUUGUUUUAUUAUCUUGUAUGAGUCUUUGAUCUCGCCAGAGAAAAACCACACGUGUGUUGGAGAAUGUAUACUUUAUAUUAAGUUGGGAUAUAUAAUAACAGAUGUCUUAGUUACGUUAGUGACACCUUGUUGUGUUAUCAUUUCUUUAUACAUGAAAAUCUGCUUUGUGGCAAAACAUCAGGCUGAGAAUUUAAACAUGAUCUUAGAAAAAAAGGUCAGAUCAGAAAAAAAGGCUGCCAAAUCUUUAGGUGUUGUUGUUAUGGUUUAUAUUCUGUGUUGGAUACCGUACUAUAUAGCUGCUCUUACUCUUGGGCAAGACACGGGUGAUUCUCUUGUUAUUAAUAUAAUGUAUUGGGUGAAUUGCAUGAAUUCCUGCAUGAACCCACUUAUCUAUGCUAUGUUUUAUCGAUGGUUUAGAAUAUCAGCAAAAUAUAUUGUGACUCUGAAAAUAUUGGAACCGUCAUCAGCAUAUUUCAAUCUGUUCCCAGAAGAGAAAUGA